CUGCCAAUCAUUGGUCUACGAAUCCACCAAAACAAGUAGCGCCUUCAUCGAAAAAAAAGAGCAAGACAGCACACGGCAGUGAAACGGCUUCACGCAGUGCCAGAUAGAUGAUGGUGGCGGUGGAAAGCUAUGAGGCGUGGGGAAACUCACAUCGCCCCCAUCAGAUACAUAUCACCGCAACGUGUUUCUUCCACUCGUACUCUCACCAUCGACCGUACAGCGCAAUUCAAAGAAUGCAAGCUCCUUCUCAACUUUUUACUCAGUCUCCAAGUGCAGCGGCACCUGGUCGAUCUGCAAUUCUCCCGCCUCCGAAUCUCGCUCCGGAUGAUACCGACUGGAUGUCGAAUGCCAGUGUCACUUUCAAGCUACUUGCUGGUGCAGGCGAAAUUGAUCGCACGGGCAUCGCAAAGGCGAUCGCGAAUAUUGCUCUCCCGAUCCUGGAACUGGUUCAGAAUAAUAAGAAAGCACAGAAUGAUCUCAAGGAUACUAUCAAGUACCUUGAUGAGAUGCUCCACUAUGUCUCUGAGGAGACCAAACUCCUUCAAGAUGGUCAAUCCUUGACAGAUGCUUCAACCCACCCUCUGGCACGCUUACAGCAAAUGGGGGAUGAAUUCAUCAGUCAGCUCAAGGUUUUGAAAGAUGAUUUGAACAAGGUCUAUGGAAAGACUGGGUUUCAAGCAAAGAUAAAGAAGUCAUUUCAGAGCAAGACUAUCUUAGAUCAUGUUAAUCAACACAAGGAAUAUGUCAAGGAAGCUCGAGAUAAGCUUCUUACAACUGCUGUGCUUUCAGGUACCAGACAAGUUGGAGAGGUGAAGGCAAUAGUAACUAAUAUUCAAGAUCAUCUGAUAAGUUCUUCAAGAAUAACUCAAUCUAUCAACACUAUGCUCUCUGCUAUUCCAUCACCACCACCUCUUGUAUUCAAGGGUCGAGAUGAUUUAGUCCAAAAAGGCACAGCUAAUCUUCUUGCUGAUUCUCCUCAUUCUAUUAUUAUUAUGGGAUUCGGAGGUAUGGGAAAAACAUCAUUAGCAUUGAAAUUGCUAGAUGAUGCAGCUGUAAAAAGCAAAUAUAGAGAAUGCAGAUACUUUAUUCCUUGUGAUGAAGUCUGCAGUGUUGAG